CAAAAAAAAACUAUAAAAAUAAUUGAUCCAAAUAAAAAAAAACUACUCCAGCAGAGAGAGAGUGGCACGCUGCAUUUUCACUUCUUCAGCAAAAAUCUUCAACCAAAGCUAGAAAUGUUGAAGUUUUCGAUCCAGCGAGCGAGGAAUAUGAGGAGGUUGAGUCCAGGGAUAUUUGGGGCUGUAAAUGCUCGUUUCUCGACUGUUGCUCAGCCGUCUUCGAGGCCUGGCAGCUCGCUGAGGGUUCCGAAUCUAAUUGGAGGUAGGUUUGUAGACUCACAUUCGUCCGACGCCAUUGAUGUCAUAAAUCCUGCAACCCAAGAGGUUGUUUCUCAAGUGCCCCUGACAACAAAAGAGGAGUUCAAAUCUGCAGUAUCUGCUGCAAAAGAGGCAUUUCCAUCCUGGCGGAACACACCUAUUACAACACGGCAGCGCGUCAUGCUGAAGCUCCAAGAACUCAUUCGUAAAAACAUGGAUAAGCUUGCCUUGAGCAUUACAACAGAACAAGGAAAAACAUUAAAGGACGCUCAAGGAGAUGUGUUCCGAGGGCUAGAGGUGGUGGAACAUGCAUGUGGUAUGGCAACUCUACAGAUGGGAGAGUAUGUACCCAACGUCUCAAAUGGAAUCGAUACCUAUAGCAUUAGAGAACCUCUAGGUGUUUGUGCUGGGAUCUGCCCGUUCAACUUCCCUGCAAUGAUUCCCUUAUGGAUGAUUCCUGUUGCAGUCACAUGUGGAAACACAUUUGUUCUAAAGCCAUCUGAAAAAGAUCCAGGGGCUUCAAUGAUUCUUGCAGAAUUAGCAGCGGAGGCUGGUUUGCCUGACGGUGUACUGAACAUUGUCCAUGGCACCAAUGACACUGUUAAUGCAAUUUGUGACGAUGAAGAUAUUAGAGCUGUGUCAUUUGUUGGUUCAAAUACAGCUGGCAUGCAUAUCUAUUCAAGGGCAUCAGCUAGCGGAAAACGUGUUCAGUCCAAUAUGGGAGCAAAGAACCAUGGGGUCGUGAUGCCUGAUGCCAAUAUAGAUGCCACACUAAACGCAUUAGUGGCAGCUGGUUUUGGUGCUGCUGGACAAAGAUGCAUGGCACUUAGCACUGUUGUUUUUGUUGGAGAUUCAAAAUUCUGGGAAGAAAAGAUAGUAGAGCGCGCCAAAGCCCUUAAAGUUAGUGCUGGAACAGAUCCAGAAGCAGACCUCGGUCCAGUCAUCAGUAAGCAGGCAAAGGAAAGAGUAUGCAGAUUAGUUCAGAGUGGGGUCGAAAGUGGAGCAAGAUUACUGCUUGAUGGGAGAAACAUUAAGGUUCCAGGAUAUGAACAAGGCAACUUUGUUGGCCCCACCAUUUUAGCUGAUGUAACAGCUGAUAUGGAAUGUUAUAAGGAGGAGAUAUUUGGUCCUGUCCUUAUUUGCAUGCAGGCUGACAGUUUGGACGAGGCAAUCAACAUAGUCAACAGAAACAAAUACGGAAAUGGUGCUGCUAUUUUUACAUCAUCCGGAAUAGUGGCUAGAAAGUUCCAAACUGAGAUAGAAGCAGGCCAGGUGGGUAUAAAUGUCCCUAUUCCCGUUCCAUUGCCCUUCUUCUCAUUUACCGGCUCCAAGGCUUCGUUUGCUGGCGACCUCAAUUUCUAUGGUAAGGCUGGAGUCCAGUUUUACACACAGAUAAAGACAGUGACUCAACAGUGGAAGGAUUUACCUGGUGGAGUUUCUCUUGCUAUGCCCACUUCCCAAAAAUCUUGAUUUCUACUCCAAAAAAGCUCUCAUUUCAAACUGUUGCGACUGUAUGUAGACCUCUAAUCAGAUUAUAAUUUGCUGGUGUUAUAUGAUUAAAUAAUAAAUUAGCACCGAAAGACUCUGGUAAAGGAAGCAUGUUAUUGCAGAGUCUCUUAA